AAGGUCCACGGGAGUCUCGGCUGGACUGGCGGGGAGAGGCCAGACUACAGAGGCCCUUGAAGGCUGGGCAGGGGAGGGGAGCCAUGGUUGCUCAUGGGGCAAGAACAGGGCCUGGGGGGUCACCACAUUUGGACUGGGGCUGAAAUCGGUACUCCAGGGCCUGACUCUGAUGGGGAAACAGAAGUUUCUGUUCUGCAUGUGUGCGUGCAAGCAUGUGGACAUGUAAAUGAAGCCCGUGGGUAGGCUUGGGUCACGAGGACUCAAAGAGAAAGCCUCUGAGGAGGUAUAUAAGUUUUAGGGCUGUCGUAACAAAUUGCCACAAACUGAGUGGCUUAAGGCAACCUCACAGUUCCUGUAGGGUAGAAAUCCAACAUCAAGGCAUCAGCGGGGUCAUGUGCCCUCUGGAGGGAGGCUCUAGGAAAGAAUCCUUCCUUGCCUCUUCCUAGCUUCUGGUGGUUGCCUGCAAUCCUUAGUGUUCUUUGGCUUGUAGAUGCAGCACUCAAAUUUCUGCCUGCAUCUUCACGUGGCUGUCUUCCCUUUGUGUGUGUUUGUCUCUGUGUCCAAAUUUCCCUCUCCUUAUAAGGAUACCAGUCAUUGGAUUAGGGCCCACCCUAACUCAGGAUGACCUCAUCUUAACUUGGCUACAUCUGCAAAGAUCCUAUUACCAAAUAAGGUUGCACUCACAGAUACUGGGGGUUAGGACUUGAACUUAUUUCUUUUGGGCACAUUCAACUCAGAACAGGGAGUUUGAGAGAAGGAAGCCCCCAUAGCUUCCCUCUGGGGGUCAGACAAGCACACAUGAGAUUAUUUUUCUGAAAAGAGAACAACAGCUUUGAAUCUAAAAUAAAAGACAGAUAGACUUAAUGCCUGGCUGCUUAAAGUGUGGUCAUGGACCAGCAGCAUGGGUGCCCCCUGGGAGCCUGUUAGAAAUGCAGAAUCUCAGAUUCCUCCCCACACAUAUGGAGGCAAAAUCUGCAUUUUAACAAAGCCCCCUGCUGACUUGGAAGCACAUUACAGUAUGAGAAGCGCUGCUUUAAUAAAAAUCUGACUUUUAUUUGCUUUUCCAUCCAUGGUCAGUCUAGCCUGCUGGUCUCCAUGCACGAGUCGGCCUGGUUGGGAGCAGGCACUUGUGCUGUCCUUUGUUCUCUCUUUUCAUGUAACAUGUUCUUGAGUUUCUCUCCCCUGUGUUGAGGUUGCCCACGUAGUUGGCCUUUGUGGAGAGCAUCGGGACUGUUGAGCCAGUCCCUUUGUUGUGUUCCUGGGCUGUGUCCAGCUUUUGGCUGUUUAUAAAUGUUGCUGCCAUGAACAGCUCUGUACAUGUUCCCUUGGGGUUUGUUCCUUGAGGUGGAAUUUCCGGAAUCAAAGUGCAUGAGCAGUUGUGGGCUCUUAUCAUAUCUUAUCACUUGUAUAUCCCUAUGGAACCUGCCAUCACAGCAGGUUUCUCCAUUCUACCCAGCAGCCCAUAGGAACCCAAUUUGGGAGGUCAAGUGGCAGAAAAGGCUUUGGAGCCAGACAGGUCAGGGUUCAAAUCUGCUACUUUUUUGCUGUGCGACACUGGGCAAAUUACUUAACAUCUCUGAGCUUGGGGUUGCUCUCCUAUAAUAUUGUAAUAGUGCUGUAAACUUUGUAGGGAUUUUAUAAAGAUGAUAAUGAGACCACUAACAUCCAUUUAUUGAGCACUUUCUGUGAGUUACCUCAUUUAAUCCUUACAUUCCUCUGAGUAGCCAUGAUUGUCCACUUUUCCUUUUUACAGAAGAGAAAACUGAGGCUGGGGUUAAGUAGCUUGCCCGAGGUGCCACUGUAGGCACAGUGUGUGCCCAAGACCAGGGUUGUCAUGUCUGGACCGUUAAGGUUGAGUAAAAUAUGGAUGAAAGAAGAUACUGAGCACAGCGCUCUAGCACGCGACCUGGCUCAGCACUUGCUGGCUGUCUGCCUUCUCUUCCUACGCCUUUAUCAGUUUCCUUGGGUUACUCUCCAGUAGUGGUAUCUAGUGCUGCAUUGUUUUAGCUGGACAUCAUUGAUGAUUCCCCAGUUUUGUUUUACGUACAGACUUUCUCCCAGUGAGAUGACUCAGAGGUCUGGGGUUAGAUCAGAUGGCUCUGAUCCCUGCAGCUAACUGGCUUCUUCUUCCCCAGGGACAAGGAUGGCCAGACUGCCCGUGGCCAUGAGCGCUCCUCAGUACUCCUGGAGCUGAGGCUGGGCUGGCCACCAUGGGGCUGGGUGGGCUCUGGGCCUGGCUGCUGGGCCUGCCCACGGCCGUGGUCUAUGGCUCCCUGGCCCUCUUCAUCUCUGUCCUGCACAACGUGUUCCUGCUUUACUACGUGGACACCUUUGUCUCAGUGUACAAGAUCAACAAAGCUGCCUUCUGGGUCGGAGAGACGGUGUUUCUCCUCUGGAACAGCCUCAAUGACCCCCUCUUCGGCUGGCUGAGUGACCGUCAGUUCCUCAGCUCCCAGCCCCGGUCAGGUGCCAGGCUUUCCUCGAGGGCCGUGGUGCUAGCACGGGUGCGGGCACUGGGCUGGCAUGGGCCGCUGCUGGCGCUGUCAUUCCUGGCAUUCUGGGUGCCCUGGGCCCCAGCUGGCCUGCAGUUCUUGCUGUGCCUGUGCCUCUACGAUGGCUUCCUGACACUCGUGGACCUGCACCAUCAUGCCUUGCUGGCUGACCUGGCCCUCUCAGCCCAUGAACGCACCCACCUCAACUUCUACUGCUCCCUCUUCAGUGCGGCUGGCUCCCUGUCUGUCUUUGCCUCCUACGCCUUCUGGAACAAAGAAGACUUCUCUUCCUUCCGCGCCUUCUGCCUAGCCCUGGCUGCUGGCUCUGGCCUGGGCUUUGUGGGGGCCACACGGCUGCUGAGGUGGCGGGUGGAGGCGGCCAGCAGGGAACCGGGGUGCCCAACCCUGGCUGUGGAUGGCGGCCUGUGUGAAGAAGAAGAGCUGCUUCUGGGCGGCGAGGAGGUGGGCAGCGUCACCUUGGGCCAGUACCUCCGGCAGCUGGCCCGCCACCGGAACUUCCUGUGGUUCGUGGGCAUGGACCUGGUGCAGGUCUUUCACUGCCACUUCAACAGCAACUUCUUCCCCCUCUUCCUGGAGCAUCUGUUGUCAGACCACAUCUCCCUCUCCACAGGCUCCUUCCUGUUGGGCAUCUCCUAUGUCGCUCCGCAUCUCAACAAUCUCUACUUCCUGCCCCUGUGCCGGCGCUGGGGCGUCUACGCUGUGGUGCGUGGGCUCUUCCUGCUCAAGCUGGGCCUGAGCCUGCUCAUGCUGUGCGCUGGCCCUGACCGCCCCGGCCUGCUCUGCCUCUUCAUUGCCAGCAACCGUGUCUUCACUGAGGGCACCUGUAAGCUGUUGACCUUGGUGGUCACUGACCUGGUGGACGAGGACCUGGUGCUGAACCACCGCAAGCAGGCGGCCUCAGCGCUUCUCUUUGGCAUGGUGGCCUUGGUGACCAAGCCAGGCCAGACCUUCGCCCCGCUGCUGGGCACCUGGCUGCUGUGCUUCUACACAGGUCAUGAUCUCUUCCAGCAGCCCGCACUGACGCCUGUGGGGAGUGCCCAGCCCUGGCCAGAGCCCCCGGCUCCACCCCCACCACAGGCCCCGACGCUCCGCCAGGGCUGCUUCUACCUACUGGUGCUGGUGCCCAUCACCUGUGCUCUGCUGCAGCUGUUCACCUGGUCCCAGUUCACGCUGUAUGGGAGACGCCUGCACGCGGUCAAAGCGCAGCGUCAGAACCUGUCACGGGCCCAAACCCUGGACGUUAAGACGGUGUGAGGGGAGCGGCAAGGCCACCCUGCUGAGGACACUACCUACAGCCCUCGGCGGCCAGCCUCUUCCGCCUUCCUGGGGUGCAGCCUGGAGGACAGAUGGCGGAGUGGGAGCUCCUGGGGCUGCGCGGGGAGCGUCACUGAGGUCUAAGUUCCUGCUUGGCUGUCGGGCCCAGCUUGGGCAAGGGUUGGGGCGUUUGUGCUUAGGGACCCACUUCCUCCUAUGCGGCAGGAGGAAGAAGAGGAUCACGAAGGGAGGGGGCCCGCCCUGUGGUCACGUGGGGUUGCUGUGGGCACAGAGGCCUAUCCCGCUACCUGGCUGGGUCUGGCGCCAUACGUGGGCUCGGAAACCACUUUGGCCCAGUCAGAGGAAGCUGACUGAGUCACACCUGCCCCUUGCGGUGGCUUCUCUCAGAACUCUGCCUCAGCUCUGCGUGGAGUAGCACGCCCUAGCUGCUGCAGGGCGCCUGCGCCCCCAGCUGGCCUCUCAGCGAGGUUCAUUUCAUGACAGACUGCUCGAAGUCGGUCAUUUCUAUUCCCA